GCGCUGGAAUUUAGAUGGAUGCUCGCCAGGUUGAAAAAGAAAAAAAUAGAACGCUGAGGUUGGCUGGUUUUUUGUUUGGUUUUUGUUUUGAGAGAGAGAGAGGGUGGGAUUUCUUUUACAAAGUCGCUCUGCAUUGUCGAAAUACCAUGUUAACUAACUAUGUUUAGAAAAGAAAUGGUUGUCGACGAGGGGAUCACCGACUAUAAAGCGGAACAUUGGCUAAUUAAAGAAAGGUAUGCAUGAUUAGCUGAUUAACAUCCGUAACGCCGCUGGCAUUGUUCUGUCUCACGUUUACUCGCCCUCGGAUGUUUGUGUCUGGACAAGGAGCGCUAACCGAGUGUAAAUAUUUGAUUCUGUUAUUGUUCUGUGCUCCAGCGUCUGAUUGAUGCGAAUAGACCCGUGAUUGCAUUCCUCACAACUGUGCGUGAGAGGGAGAGAGGGAAGGGCGAUAAAAAGGAGAUAACGCGCCGUUUGUGGUAAACGUCUACGAUAACAGCGAUGAGCGGGAGGUGUUGGGUGUGGGGGAGACAGGACCACAGCACACCAACAGCCAAUCAACUGUCACUGCCACCGUUGUCGUCGUCGGUGCAGCGGAGUGGCGUGCGUGGGCGUGUGUGCAGGCGGCUAUGCACCGGGUCCAGGCCCGGCAGCCGCCAGUCACGUGAUGGCGCACGCGCUGGGUGUGGUGCACCAGGCAAGCUUCCUGGUCGUGUUGUGCUCGCGGCUCGAGACAGCAAUAAAGACGAAAAAAAAGAAACAAACAAACAAAAAACAUUUCAGAAGAGGUUAGGGUCUCGGGUUUUCAUUCCUUUGCAUACCUUUGUCACUUCUCGCUCUACCUGGUAAACACCUGUACUAGGGCGCAGGUGGACGGCAAAGACAUUUUGCAUUGCUGGCGCAAUCUUGUCACUUGUGAGCUUCUGCACUUAUUCCUGUUUGGCAGCACAAUCGCGGUACGAACGAAAUAUGAGAUUUGUUCUGACAUUUACCAACCGUCUUUUUCCUGAUACUGUCACCCUGGGGAGGGGGAAAUCGGGCAACGCCAUGUUUCCAUCGGUGACGCUGAUUGGCCGGGGACUUGGCGGCCCGCUGUUCCACAAGGACGAGAUGCCCGAGCACUUCCAUGAGCACUUCAUCGAGCGAGGCUACCGCCAUCCCAAGUCGUCCGCGUGGCAAUGCGUUCUGAGCUUGUUCGACGCCACCAACGAGACGCUCAACUUCUGGACGCACUUUCUGCCCAGCUGGUACUUCAUGUGGGUGCUGAAGGGCCUGGCGGAGACCCUGGACUUCCAGCACGACCCCUACACCUGGCCGCUGCUGUGCUACAUGUUCGCCUGCUGCAUCUUUCCUCUGGCCAGCGCCGUGGCCCACACCUUCAACACCAUGUCGGAGAAGGCGCGCCACGUCUGCUUCUUUCUCGACUACUCAGCUCUCAGUCUGUUUUCCUUCGGAGUCGCCAUGUCCUACUACGCCUACUGCUUCCCUAGCGGACUGGUCGGCUCGUGGCUCGCCAGGAACUACGUUUCGGGCGCGGGCGUCUUCGCCAUUCUGUGCACCACCGCGUCUUGCAUGACGAGAUUUAUGCGCCCGAGCGUGUUGAGGCAGGUUCUGCGACUCUCGGCUUUUGCUAUGCCCUAUAUCUUCAACAGCUCUCCGAUUAUCUUCCGCUUCCUGUUCUGCACGGAGGACGAGCGCCAACUGGCUUCACACACCCUUCACGUGCGGCAGGUGGUCUUCGCCGUGGCCGCGGCCUUCCUGUACGCCACCCACCUGCCUGAGAGGCUCAAGCCGGGUCACUUCGACAUCGUGGGCCACAGCCACCAGCUCUUCCACGUGGCCACUAUCCUGGGCGUGAAAGACCAGUUGCAGGCGGUGCUGCUGGACAUGCAGGAGAGGAAAGCCGUGGUGCAGCACUGGACACGCUUGGACUUCGCCAGCAGCGUCGGCGCCAUGUCACUCAUCCUUCUAAUCAACACGAGUAUCAUUCUAGUUUUCACUUUGAGCCUUAUGCUGAGCAAAAAUAAACUGUUUAGCAACAGCACUGCUUGCAAAUGCAAGUGCAGUUGAUGGUGCAAAGGGUAUGGGGAUUGGGGAGCACAUACAUGCCGAUUUGUCCACUCCGAGCACUUGUUUUCUGGCUCAACUCAGCUAACACAUCGUCUCAAAGCUUGUACAAGCCGUUGACCUUGGCUUCAACGUGGUUAACUGUUACUCGAUUUAUUGUUCUUGGUUUAGACAGAGAGAAAAUGUGAGAGAGAGAGUGAGAAAAAGAAAGGAGGGUGCUUCAAAACUGAUUUAUUAAUGUUUUAACGUUUUUACAUCACUGUGCAUUCAAAAGUCCAAAGGGGGCUGAUUUCUACCAAAAGUGUGAUCCCAUGGGUAUUAAUAACCCUUUAUUACAAAGUCGGGUCAGUAGCAUGAUUGUGCUGUUAUCUGUGUAUGCUUGGAAUAUAUUCCACUACUUACAACUGAGACCAUAAUAACAAGUUGCAUUAAGAUGCAAGCAUUUAUUUAGAAUUAGCCAAUGAAUAUAUUGUGAUAUAUUUAUGUGGUCUCCAUGACAGUUAAGGACUAAAAGAGGAGUAGGAGAGUUGUAAUGCAUUCAGUUGUCCUCCUGUGUUAUCUAACAUUUGAUAACUAUCAGUGUCAGUAGGAGAGGUGUUAUAAGCCUUUCACUUCAUUCAUGCUUUGUGAAUCCAUAAUUUGCUUUCUUGUUGGCCUGACGUGGAAAGUGGAAAAUAGUUUAUUUAGUAAUGUACAAGGAAUAGCAUUAUAUAUGUGUUUAUUUGUUCAUAAUACUACUUAUUCAUGAGACCAAAUUUUAGAUAACUUGAUGUCUGCAACUUCUAAUUUUUUUUUCCUCUUUUUCAAAUUAUGAAAUUUAUAAAGAAUUCCUAAUUCAUUAACAACUUUCCUAUGAAAUCUGUUUAAAUCUGAUUUCUAUAGCUUAUUAAUCAUUUUUUACUUAUUUUGGAUUGUAUAGUAACUUAUAUUAUGGAGAAGAAAAAAGCCAUGCCUGUGUGACUGAACAAAACAGAACCUGCUUAAAAUGCUUGACAAGUCAUAAUUUUAUUUUUGUAGAAAAUAUCCCUCAGAAAUAAUAACAUCAGAUAGAUUGUGCAUAGGCUGUAUAUGAUUCAGUAACAUUCAGGUAGUCCUGCUAUGAGAGAAGCAUAAUUUCUUAAUACAAUGUUAGCAGUUGCCUGAGAGCAUUUUGUAUGGGUGACUGCAGCAGAUGGUGACUGAUCUCAUAUUAUGAUUAAUUUUUUCCUGUUCACUGGAAUGCCUGUAGCUUAAAGAAAAAAAGUCCACUCAAUGAAUGAGCAAAAUUACAAAAGAAUAUCGCAAACUGCGAAAACUUCAAAUGCCAGUGUUGAUCUUAAAGAUACAGACAGUGUUCUAGUAUUGACAACAAUCAUAAAUAAUGUUUUGUUCAAGGAUGUCACUAUUAAUAUAUACCUAGAAUUUUCUGGAAAUAAGAUUGUAGUGGCUAUCAUACUUGUCCACAGAUGAAUGAAUUUGUCAUCAGGUAAAAUCAUCCAAUGUACAAUAAUCAAAAUGUUUGAAUCAUGGUUCUUAGACCUGGUUAAGUGCUGUCAUGUUGGUGAUUCACGUUUUUCAAAAGUUGGGGUUUUCCCCAUUAAAGACCCAGGCAUUCAUUUUUAUAAAUCAAAAUUCUCUUUUGUGCAAUUUUUCAGGUUUAUGAUUUUUCUACAUGUUUUGAUUUUUUGCUUUCAUGUGUAUGCAUUUGAUGGAAUAGAAACAUUUUGACAUUCUUAAAUAAGCAAAUGUAAUCAUGUUUUUGCAAGAGUUGAAUCAAAAUUUAACUGGAGACAUGUCUCAAAGAAACUGCCACUCUGACUUAAAUUCAGCAUUCGUUACAGUUUUCUUUCUUUCUUUGUGUGUGACCCUUGAAUUGCAUUCUAUUAACAUACUUCAGGAUUUUUUUCAGCAGACCAUUGUAAAAUAUAUAGCUGUUAACAAACAUUAUAUCAUCAUCAUCUCCAACAUCUCAAAAGUUCUCAUCAGGUAGCUUCCCUGAAAACAAAAUUUAAAUUUUGCUUCUAAAACUUGACAAUAUGUGAGAGAGAGAGGGCGUGGGAAAGUAUCUUUGCGUAUUUGAGUCUGUGUGCAUAUGGAUGAACCUGGACACACAUGCAUGAAUACAUGACUAAACAUGUUUUUUCUGUUGACAUUCCAAAUCUAGGGCAUGAGGCCUAGCUUUUUUUCUGUAAUAAUCAGUUGCUGUAACAAUGUGGCUAAGUUGUUAUCAGUCCUGAGAUAUUGUGUACUCUUCAUGCAUAUUUCUGAUGUCACCACCUCUGUGUCAUCUGUUGUUUCUUUUGAGUAAUGCCCUUUGUGUAUCUGCUUUAUACUCGUAUAAGCUUUGGCCAUAGGUCAAGGUAGUGCAAAGGACAGCUAAAUUGCUCAAAAGCAUUUGCCAGACCUGAGCAAAGUCCAUACGAGGCUUCAUAAUUAGACUGUGGCAAUGAUGGUAGAUACAAAAUUGUCUCCUUUGAAACAAUUCUGUGAUGAUGCAUUUAAGCUUGCACUUCCAUGGAGCUUCCAUCACAAGAGGCAGUUUAUACUGGAGAAAUUAUUAUUGUUAAUACUUUAAACAAUUUGAGUUGUACAGCCUCCUGACAGUUGACUUGUGAGCCAGUGAAAGUCUCCAGUUCUGAAUAUUGUCAUAAAAUGUUUCAGGAAGCAGUUCUUUGUGUCAGCUUGGUGAUGGUAACAUUACUCAAAAUAUUCUCUAUAGUUUAACAGCAUCUCUUGUGAAUGUAUGUUUUGUACUAUCUUCUAAAAUAUUUUCUAGUGCAUAGUCUGCAGAUGAUAAAUGGAUCGAGCAAAAUGACUUUACUCCAGUCCUCUGAAAAUUUUGUUUUAAGAUAUGAAGUUCUGGCAAAAAAAUAUAGUUUUAUUUGGUGAGAACGGACAUUUUUUCCACUGUUCUUUCUUUACCAGUAUUUUUAAAAAGUUAGGAGACUUUUGUGUGUGUUUUUUUUUCUUUUUAUCUGGAGAAAGGCAAAGUCCUAUGAAGACGGAUCUUACAAUACUCAGUAGUAUGGUAUGUCUGAGGAUUGGUGCCUUAUGGAAAAAGGCUGAUGCUACUUACAAUUUUUUGGGUGGGAUUGUCAGUAAUUUGGCAAUAACCAAAUACCCGUAUUUAGCUUGCUGCUUGAAAAAAAAAUUAAUUUUGGAAGUCUGUUUUAGACAUCUCAUGAAGUGUGUGGACCUUUUCUCCUUAAAAUAUCCUCUCAAAUAACAAUAAAGUUUUUAAAUAUUUUCUUAAAUAGGCUAACUUAAGCUACGGGAGAGGUAUUUUAUUGUUAAGAAUAAAGUUUGUUGGAGUCAUAAUGCUAUGACUCUAAUCCACUCCUUAGUUCUUCAUUUUCAUCUAUGUGCAGUUUGUGUUUGCCAUGAUGUCAUCUGUUUGCUGCUGUUUGUGCUGCUUGCAUGGUUGACUGUCAGCUGUCUGUAGUUUUUUUUUAAAUAGCAGCACAUUGAGCUUUCACCCACACAAGGAAAUUCAAUAAUGAUAAAAAUUAUUAUGUUUAGUAUGCUUUGAGUUUAAUACCAUCCCCUUCCUCUUUCAACGUGAAAGUUUAAGAGUGUGUGAUGUGUGUGUGUAUGUGCACACAUGCGCAUGCGUAAACCUAUUUACAUGUUUAAAAAUGUAUGUAAAGUACGCUGCAUCCUCCACUAUGGUUCCUUUUUUUCUGUGUCUCUCAAACAUUCCAAAACUGAAUGAAAGUAGUUUAAACUAAAGAAAGGUGAUGUAGAUUUGUUAUACUGCAUAGAACUUUUUUUUACGUGCAUAAUGAAGUAAUUGCCUUGCAUUAUCUUGGAGCACAAGUAUAAUUGCUCUUGUGUCUGUUGGAUGUGAGAAUUAGCAAUGCAAUAAAAGCUGUGGAGAAAGGGCUAGCAUGCUUAUGCAGGUUGUCAUGCGAAAUGUUUGCUAGAUUACAGUUUUGGCUUUGUUCUUACCUUGUAAAGGCUAGAGCAAUGUGAUAAGAGUAUUUUAUCCAUGUGAGGAUGAAUUAAUGCCUUUUUUAAUCAAAUUAUUGAAUCCUCGGUGCCUUUACUCAGUACAAUAAUUCUGGGUUUUUUAAAAUCAUUUUCUGGUUUAGCUUUUGGAGCUUCUUGAGUCCUAUCCCUCGACCAUGUGCCUAAGCUAACACUGCUUCCUUUUUGCCAGGAAUGUUGAAAGAAUGUGUGAACACCUUAAAACAGCAUGAAAAAUUCAGGCACACUGUAACAUCAACUUCCAAUAAUAAAGAUUGAAAAACACUGUUUUUUCUGCACUUCUUUCCUAGUCCUUUCCAUCUCCAUCUCUCUCUACAAAUUAAUGAAAGUGGUACAGAAGUUAUAUUUGUGAUAAAUACUUUUUCCCCUUUUUUAUCAUGACUACAGCAACCAUUGCUAGUCAGUAGUAAAUAUGGAGAAUAAAAUGUUGUGCUUAUAAUCUUCUUUAAAGGUCUAGAUAGUAGUGGAGUCUGAUUUGAAAAUAGAUUGUUAUCAUGAUUUUAGUAAAUAAAAUCUUUAAGUUUUAUUUCUCUCCAAUUUUAUACAAUGCCACUCUUCCAUCUAUUUUUGUGUGGUUUGUGGCCACUAGUUUCUUUGGACUGUUUCUGUGGAAUAUGAUGAAUCUAUCACAAGAUGUAAAAAUUGUAUGAUUUUUUUUUAAUUUUAUUUUAUGAGUUUUUUUUCUCUUAUGAACUACUGUCAUUUAACAACCAUGCAAGUCAAGAGUCACAAAUUUUUAAAAAUUAGGCUUAUCAUAAGAUGUUUCUUUUCUCAGUUUACACCAUUCACAAUUUUUUUAAAAUGGUAUUGACUAUUGACAUACUUGAAUGCUAGUCUUCUCAGGUUCAAAGAAUGGGAACACUUGUUUACUUGGGUGCUUAUUCUCAACAUAACCAUAACCAUCUGUGUAGCCAUUGUGUAAGCAUUCCAUGUCGCCAAUGGUUCACUGUGUAAUUAGUUAGAACUGAUGAUGUUAUGUUCAUUAACCUUAACACCACCAGCUUAUGCUGUAGCUGACUCGGCCUUUCUUCCCUUAUGAUGACAACCCAGAGAAAAAGAAGUUUUAUUAACAGCCAAAUGCUCCUGGUGAAAUAGCAUGUUAGUGCUGUACACUAGAUGCUUCCUCAGAUUAAAGAGGCGAGACUACAGUAAAAAUAUUGGCACGUUUUCCCAUCUGUUUUCUGACAUUAUUGUGGGAAAAAAAUGAUGUGCAAACAUUCAGUCCGCAGUUUCCUCUUUGACAGCUUCUUACUGUACAGCCAGGUCAGUUUGUUGUGUCUGGGAGCUGUAAGAGAUCUUCUUAAGAUGUUUUGUCCAAUCUGCUGUUUGGGAAGGUUGCCAAAUGUUUUGCAGUUCUGUCUCGCAGAAACUGGCUCUAUGCUCCCUGCUGCCUGGCGAGCAUCUAGUCUAUCCCAGAAUUCACGAGACAGAGUCUUGUCAAAUAAACCACAGGGCAGGUUGUGUGGAACAGUGGAGCAUCCUGUGCUUCAGCAGCAGUUGACUGAGCUGAAGACGACAACUGCGAGAUGAGGCUUCAUACAAAUUCUCACUUGAGUUUCUUGAUGAAUGAAUGAGAUACAACUUUUAGUUCUUUCCUUCCUUCCUUCCACCGCCACUCUCACUUUCCUCACUUUUCAAUUCCUCUUCACCCACAGUUAAGAUUAGGUUAGCAACAUUAUCUUUACUGUAGUGCUUCAAUGCAUUGAACAAUUACGACGGGAGCAAACAGAAAAGGCUGUGAUUCUCUCUUUUUGUUUGAGAUGUAGCUUAGAGUAUACUACUUGAAAAGUUGAAACUAUUUUUUCUUCUCUUCGUUUCAGCCGUUAGGGCUGUGGGUAUGUCGACAAGAUUCCAUUAUUUGCGAUCAAACAUUACAAGAAGACGAUUUGUUUAUUUCUAUGCCAUGGCUCGACAAUCAAAACACUUCCUAUGGACCGAAAUAACUUUUUUUGUCACUUGCAAGGGAACACAUUCAACAUGUGGAUUUUUAAUAGUUGAUAAUAUGUGUAUAUAUGAUUAUAAUUCAAGAUAUAGAGCAUUUAAAGUUGAUAUAUUUUCACCCGAGUUUCUCAAUAAGAUCAGAGAAAUGUCAAUCCCCACCCUACCCUUAUUUUUCUUCCCCUUGAGCUCAGCUGUUCCUUCGUGAUUAUUGGAACCAAAAGCAAUCAAAAUUAUUCUUCCUUUCUGUCCUCCAUUUAGAUUAGGCCAGUAUGCUUUUCUUAGCUGUAGUGCUUAGCUAUACCUAGCAUCCAUGAUGGAAGUAGAGUGACAAAUGUGAGACUACACCUGCAGUUUGAGAUGUAGCGAGUGUAAUCCCAGUCCACGACUACACCCUGUCGGUGUGUUUCAAGAUUCAGUAGCACGUGAUCAAAGUCAUGAAUAAGGAUAUGACAGUUUUGGAUCUUUGGUAUGCCAUGACAACAAUAACAGAAUUCCUACAUACCCCCCCAUAACUUUUAUUUUUAUCGCAUACUUUUGAAGAGAACCCAGUCAACGUGCACUUUUUAUAGUUGAUAAUAUAUAUGUGCCUUUACAGGUACAUGUCAAUAUAUUUAUUAUUCAGUUGAGCCUUCAAGGCAUUAAACACUUUGAAUUUACAAUGUGUAAUAGCUAAGCUUAAGACAUGUAUGGCAUUUGUAAGCAUGGCUCGAUUAUUUUUGUGUAUAAGAAUGCACAAAGAAGUCAGUAUAUCAUAGUCAUGUUGUCAGAGUCAAGCUGUGUGCAGACAGAGCGUCGCACAAGGCAUCAACAAUACCUGUUGGCUUUGUGUCAUGUCGCCUCCACCCCAGCAUGUGUUUGUGAUGCAUGUUACUGCUGUUUGUAUAGCUGUGCACGCAUAGGCUGUCUGGUAUCAAAGUAACUAAAACCUCAAGGGCCUGUUGGAGAUGACUAUUAUAGUGAUUUUAACAGCUGACGGCAUUAUUAUUUGGGUUUCGUACCCCUGGGGGAAGAGUUUCUUUGGGAUUUGUUUUGUUUUAUUUUUGUCUCUUUUUUUUUUUCUUUUUUUUUAUGUGUUUGUUUGCUGUUUGUUUAUUUUUUUUUGGGGGGGGGUUUUUUUGUUCAUUUGUUUGUUUUUUAUCUUUAGUGUUUUUUAGUACUUUUUUGUAAAGGGGGGGUCUUUGUUUUAGUUUUUGUUCUUUCUUUGUUUUCUUUUUGUAAUUUUAGUUUUUAUCGAGCAAAACUAGAGAUGUAGAUAUGUAUGUCUGUUGUCCCCGGGGAGAACAGUGCAAGACCAACUAGACAUAGUCGUCUAAGAAUUAAAAUGCAGUGAACAAUGAACAGUAGCUGCAGUACGACUGUCCAAGACUGUAGACAAACGAACAGCACUCGGGUUAAACGCCUUCAGAGGGUCUUUGCGACUGAACUGGUGACCGGUAGAACCAUCUGACGGGACACUGGACUGUUUUGUCAGGGCUGAGUAUAUGGAACAGUUCUCGUUCAGAAGACAUAAUAACUGUAAUGCUCCAUGUAGUCAGGUAGCAAUCUGUAGCCCUCCGUCGUAACUUGUUUUUCCGAUACCUCUUGCAGUCUGUGAGUGGAGCUGUUGGCUGUUACCAUCAAAAUGUUUUUGUAUCAGUAAACUUCCCUGUGACCUGAGAAUCUCAGCUCUGACUUCCCCCCUUUGUGAUGACUGGUUUAUAUAGCUUAUGCAUAUUUUUGAUACUUUGUUGUUUCUGAAAAAAGAUCGUUUUGAAAAAAAA